AUGACGGAUCUUUUCAACAAACAUCUCAAAAAGGCCACCGCGAGAACUAAGGAAAAGCUUCUCGAAGGAAUCGGAAAAGCCAAGGCCACUCAAGAUGAGGUUUUCGAUCAGCACGCGGCAAAUUUGAUAAAACAAAGCAAAUCUUGCGAAAAAUUGCAUAAAGAUAUCAAGACAUACUGCACCGCGCUGAAAACAUUGAUUCAUGCCGAAAAACAGCUUCGCGACACAAUUCGCGAUGCUUAUGAGCCGGAAUGGCCCGAUCGUGAGCAUUUAACGGCGAUUUUUGAUAACCUCGAUAUUCAAUCCGAUGAGCUCGAGAAGACGGUUUGCGAUGAUUUGCCGCAAACGGUGACGAAUUAUGUGAGCCAAUUCGGCGAGAUGAAGAAAAAAGUCGAGAAGCGCGGACGAAAAUUGGUCGAUUAUGAUAGUGCGAAAAAUUCGUUUAAUAGUGUGAAAGCUGCUAGCAAAAAGGAUAAUGAUCUAAAAUUGGCAAAAGCCACUAACGAACUCCAAUCGGCUGAAGCGAUGUAUCAAGAGAUCAACAAUGAGCUUCUUGAGAUUCUCCCUGCCCUUUAUGACAGCCGAAUCACAUUUUUCGUCGACACUCUUCAAACAUUGUUCAAUGCUAAUAGUAUAUACCAAACUGAAGCCAGCAAGUUCCAUAAGCAAAUUGUAACAAAAUUGGACAAGUUGGGAGAAUCUAUGGACUACUUAAGAGUUGCGCGGCCUGAGCCUAGAGCUCAAACGCCUCUUGACACUUCCUCAAUGGUUUCCGGAGAUGCUGAGCGUCCUGUUAGUCAGAUCGCCUCCACCCCGUUGCCAUCGAUUCCAUCCGCUGCCUCGCCAGCUCAUUCGCUCAAGAAACCGCGCGAAAGCAUCGCUGAAUCGAUUGCGAAUUCGACGAAUCCAUUCGACGAUGACGACGAUGAACCGCAGAAUGAAGUUGUCGAGGAGAAGAUUGAAGCAAAAGUGUACCCGAAAUUAAAUGCUCAACAAGAAAAAGCUGCCGAUGUGGCGAUCAAAGCGGCGAAACGCGCUGAGAAAAAGGACACUGGAAAUCCAUUCGAGGAUGAUGAGGAUGAAGAGAAUCAGGAGAGCGAUGUGAAACCUCUUGAAGGAAUAACAAAAGAAAAGAGAAAGACGAUUUAUCUUGUUCGUUCUACUCAUACUUAUAAGGCAGUCGACACCGAUGAGUUGAGUUUUGAGCCUGGAGUUUUGAUAAAGGUUCUCGAAUCUCGCGAUGCCGAUCAACUAGACGAAGGCUGGUGCCUCGGCGAGCUCGAAGACGGCAAACGCGGUGUGUUCCCGGAGAAUUUCACGAAGAAAGAGGAAUAG